AUGAAGCAGUUCACAAUUGUCUUUCUCAUUUUCAUCUCUCUACUUGUUAUUGUUUCCAUAUCGUCUACAAAUGCUCAAUCUAGUAACACGGAUGCAACGAUGACGAUUAACAGCUUCGAGAAAGGCGGGAGCGGCGGCGGGCCAUCCGAGUGUGAUGGCCACUACCACUCAGAUGAUACGCUAAUUGUAGCAUUGUCCACGAGGUGGUACAACGGUGGACAAAGAUGCUUUAAGAAUAUUAAUAUAAACUAUAGUGGUAGAACUGUACAAGCUAUGGUGGUAGAUGAGUGUGAUUCUACUAGGGGAUGCAAAGAUAACAUUGUUGAUGCGUCUAAAGCCGUUUGGAAGGCCCUUGCGGUCCCUAAGAGUGAAUGGGGUGAAACAUCUGUAACUUGGUCAGAUGCAUGA